AUGCCACCAAAAUUCACCACGGAUACAGAGACUACAAUUCGUAUUCCAGAAGAUCGAAAAGUUGGAGAAAAGGUUUUUGAGAUCAAAGCAGAAGAUGGGGAUAAAUUCUGCGCGUUGAAAAACGAGAUUAACUAUGACAUUGAAGACAAUAAGUAUUUUGAAAUAGAGCAUUCGACUGGGUGGCUUGUUGUGAAAGCUCCGCUUGACCGCGAGAAAGUAACAAACGUUGACAUCACUGUUACAGCUACGGAGAUAGAUGAAUAUAAAAUGAAAACUGAAAAGAACUUCUCUGUUAUUAUAAUUGAUUCGGACGAUGAAAUCCCAAAAUGUGACAAAUCAGUGUACAUUUUUACAAUGGUUGAAGGAAGCAAGCACUUUGAAACACGUAGCUCUAUCGUUGUUACCGAUGACGACGAGGAAGAGAACGCAGAAUUUGGAGUGUCUUUGGCAGGUAAAUACUCAAAUUACUUUGCUGUGGAACCGGAAUACGUAAAAUCACGUGGUUCUAUUAUUCUAAAAGUAAAGAAUGCUUCUGGAAUUGACUACGAAGUGGCCUCAAAAAUAAAUCUGAAGUUGGACUUGAAGCCUAAAGACGGCACAUUUUCUUCUGGAAGUUGCGACAUAAUUAUUAAUAUAAGGGACAUUAACGAUAACCCUCCUCAUUUCGGAAAUGUAUCGACGACUGUCAAUGUUACUGAGAACGAAGAACCGCUCGCGAUUGCUUCCUUUCAGGCUCAGGAACCAGAUUCAGAAGUUUUCCUGCCAAUUUUGUAUCGUCUAUCUGGAUCUGAUAUGGAAGCUUUUUCGGUAGAUGAAAACGGCAGAAUAUUAUCCCAAAAGCGAUUUGAUCGAGAACAGCAAGCGCAGUAUCACUUUACUCUAGAAGCUGUUGAUGAUUCUGGAAAGGGCCUCGCAUCUAGUUUGAACAUAACAGUUAAUAUCGUUGAUAUUAAUGACAAUCCACCAAAAUUUUCAAAAAAUUUUUACAUGGUAGCUGUUAAUGAGGAAACGGAUAGCUGCUUCACAGUUACGGCAACAGAUCCAGACGAAGGCAAAAAUGGCAAAAUAAAAUAUCGGUUACUAAACGACGAUUUUCGAGGCAUUACAAUAGAUGAAUCAACUGGAAAAGUCACUGUUUUCAAAACAGAUGCAGAAAAACUAAACAGCCUAUUUUUUAACCUAACUGUCGUUGCUCAAGAUUGCGGUACUCCUCCACUGGAAUCUUCCGUACCAAUUUUGAUACAGAUAAAGGACCUAAAUGAUCAUUCACCGCAGUUUGAAAAUUCACUAGUUUUAGUUGACGUCGACCAAAAGUCACAAGGAAUUAUUACUUUUAUAAAAGCAAAGGAUGGUGAUAAGACCGCUCCAAAUAACGUUGUAAAUUAUAAGCUGAUUAAUGGCAACGGUAUAUUUUCGAUUAAUGACAGAACUGGAGAGAUCAGCAUCAGUGAGAAGCCAAAUGGUACCACGGAAUUUUGGAAAUUGACGGCUGUUGCAGAAGAUGGGGGCAAUCCUAAAAGAACAGCAGAAGCAAAAAUAUUUGUGCAGUUUAAGGAUCGAGAAAAAGUUGCUUUUAUAAAUUCUGAAUCGGAGGUUCACAUUUUAGAAAAUGCAACGGCAGAUACUGUAAUUUUUGUUCCAAAGCUUUUGAAUGAACCACAUAAUAUAACAUUUGAAAUCAAUGAAGUUAAUGUCACGUGGCAUGGCGGAGCGAAAAACGUCUUGAAUUGGUUAAAGAUUGAUGAAAAUAGCGGCGUAGUCAAGUUGAAGGAGGAAAUUGAUGGUGAUGUUGUUAGCCGCAUGCAUGUUGUAAUUUUGGCCAAAAAUCACGACGAAAAAGUUCUAGACAAAUGUAAGGUAACAAUAGUUAUCGAAGACGUUAACGACAAUUCCCCAGUGUUUGAACAGAAGAUGUAUUUUGUUGAAAUACCAGAGAAUUCUGCGAUUGGGCGGGAAAUUAUUGUCGUUAAAGCACUGGAUCUAGACAAAACUGAUAAACUGAGUUAUUCUAUAUUAGCGUCAAAAACAAACACAUCAGCAUUGCAUAUUGAUAACAGUGGUCGAAUAACCGUGGUGGGUGAGAUCGACUAUGAAAAAACCAGCAAAAUUACGUGUGCCGUCGUUGCUGAAGACCUUAACGGAAAUGCUGCAGUGGCUAAUCUUACUGUUACUGUACGUGACACUAAUGACAAUCGGCCUGUUUUCAUGCCAUCUUCAACUCUAAACGCUUCCAUUCCUGAGAAUGCUCCUAUAGGCGCUUUACUCAGUUUAAUUUAUCCACUAGCCUUUGAUGGUGAUUCCGGCCUUUACGGGAAAAUCACUUAUUCCUUGGUGGCAAACAAUGAUUUAUUUGUUAUUGACAGUACUACCUCACAAAUAUUUCUGAACGGUAGUUUGGAUUAUGAAAAAAAGAAGAGAUACACUCUUGAAGUACGAGCUGUUGACAAUGAUGGAAAACCGCAAACGUCAAACGAAGCAUAUGCCAAAGUGACGAUUGACGUUACGGAUAUAAAUGACAAUGCUCCAAUGUUUCUGCCCGCGGAGCUUCCUGUAAUAAAACUUGAAGAGAACGAAUCUAUUGGGGAAACAAUAGUCCAUUUGAAAGCCUCUGACGGUGAUUCUGGCAAUAACAGCAAGAUAACGUAUUCUCUAAUCAACGAGACAAAAUUCUUCGUAAUUGACGCAGAUGGUAAACUUAAACUGGCGCAGUCACUUGCUGGCAAAGUCGGAAACAAAUACUGUACAAUGGUCGAGGCAAAAGACGGGGGUGAGCCGCCACUGUCAGCUUUUCAAAAUGUCUGUGUCGCUGUUAUACCCAACGGAGUCAGCAAAGUCAAUCCUCUAAUCCUGUGGCCGGAAAAUAAUUCUAUUCAUUAUUUUGAUGAGAACACAAAAUACGAUCACUUGUUAACGAUCAAUGCGACUACAGGAAAAAACGAUGAGAAGAAUGAGUUACGCUAUGGUAUUAUCGAAACCUACAGUCAGGACUGGAAAGGAUUUACUAUCAACAGUACUGGCACUAUUUUCGCCAAAAAUCUUUUUGACUUUGAACGUCAAAAGCUGUACGAAUUACAAAUACAAUUAUGUGAUUUCUUGGAUGUCUGUUCAGAACUUAUUGUUUUUAUCGCUGUUAAUGACCUAAACGACCACUGUCCUGAAUUUAAGUUUGAAAAAACGGUGUUUUCUGUUAGAGAAAAUGAACCAGUUAAAGACGGCCAAAAACUUAUUGGGACAUUUACGGCAGCACAAGAUUUAGAUGCUUCAACAAAGCACCGGAAUAUUUGCUAUGAGAUUUUGGAGCCUGAAAUAUCGCCGUUUUUCUUUAACGACAAUAAAAAACCAGAAUUAUAUGUGCGUGAAUCUUUGGACCGUGAACAGAAUUCUGUCUACGAGCUUACUGUGGCUACAUCUGACUGCAAUAACUCAUGUAACGAUGCUAGCAAGUCGUUGGCUACAAACACGAAAGUGAUUAUUGAAGUUAUCGAUGUUAACGACAAUUUCCCAAAAUUCCGGCAAAGAGUUUUUCACACAGCGGCAGUUCAGGGUCAAACAGAAAUUGGUGAUGAAUUACUUACUGUAACUGCUGAUGAUCCUGAUGCUGAAAAAGUCCCGCUCAAGUACACAAUAAAGAGUGGAAUUCGUAGAAACAGUAUG